AUGGCCUCUGCGGGCGCGCGGAGGCUCCCGGCCCCGACGCGCGCGGCCGCCCGGAGCUGCGGCGCCUUCUCGCUCUGCCGGGGCGCGCGCUCCGUCCCAACCCCGCCCCCGGGCCCUCCGCGGCCGCCGCGGCCAAUGAGGUUUCUGAUUUCCUGUAACCUUUUCUUGCCUCGCGCUGCCCAAGUCUUGGCGACCGAGGCUGGCCUACCUCCUAGUCGUUCCUUCAUGGGCUUUGCUGCCCCCUUCACCAACAAGCGAAAGGCUUACUCGGAGCGUAGGAUCAUGGGGUACUCAAUGCAGGAGAUGUUUGAGGUGGUGUCCAAUGUCCAGGAAUACAGAGAGUUUGUGCCGUGGUGUAAGAAGUCACUGGUAGUAUCCAGCCGUAAGGGUCACCUGAAAGCCCAGUUGGAGGUUGGGUUUCCACCUGUCUUGGAACGUUAUACCUCUGCAGUCUCCAUGGUCAAACCACACAUGGUCAAGGCUGUUUGCACUGACGGCAAGCUCUUCAACCACUUGGAGACUAUUUGGCGAUUCAGCCCUGGUAUUCCUGCCUACCCUCGAACAUGCACUGUGGACUUCUCUAUUUCCUUUGAAUUUCGUUCUCUGCUCCACUCCCAGCUGGCAACCAUGUUUUUUGAUGAGGUUGUAAAACAGAACGUUGCUGCUUUUGAGCGGCGGGCAGCAACUAAGUUUGGCCCAGAAACAGCCAUCCCCCGUGAACUGAUGUUCCAUGAAGUACACCAAACUUGAGACAAGGGAUGGCUCCUUUGCCUCCAACCCCUCUUCCCACUCAGUUUUAUUUAUUCGGUUUGGCUCUUGCUCUGAGAGAGGUCUAGUUUCACCUCUCAAUUCUUCCUAAACUGGGCUGCAUGCUGUCUGGACACAGGAAAGUGAGACAGAUACGCAGAAAGGGUCAGGCACAUUCUGAAAGCCUCACAUGCCCACAGCAGUUGCACACCUAGUAAAAGCCAGGGCCAUAGCUGUCUCUGGGCCUGGUUAAGAAACUACUCAGUCAAGGAAUAUAGUAGUAACUUCCUCAUACAGAGACACUGGCUGGCAAGUAGCUUUUACCCUGCUAAGAUUUCUCAGGAGAAAAGGCAAACUGCCUCGGUUUAGGAACAUGUCCAUGCUGUCUGACAGGUAGAAGGUGAGGCGCUGCUUUACCACAGUGUCACAGAGCAGAGGAGGAGAAACCACUCGACAGUGUUGCUCAUAUUGUUGGGAUGUACCUUUUUUCCUUCCAUGUGGCCUGAGUUUUUAUAAAACUUCAAUAAAUGGUGACAGUGUGAA